UUGUGUAUAUGUGUGUGUGUGUUGUGUUGUGUUGCAGUGCUAGCCAGGAAUAUAAAGCUAAUGAGCACUUGCAAUCAGUAUUGCUUAUUUUUUUCUCCCCUAUUUCCUUUUCCGUGAGUCGUCUCUGGUGUUUUUUUUUUACACACGAUCCCGCCCACCACCUCUGUAAAAGGGGGGGGGGGACACAAUGUGGGAGGGAACAUGGCGAGGGAGGGCGAAGUUACACGCGCGUUCAUUGAUAUGCAAAUUUUAGGCUUUCCUUUCACGCUUCUUGCCCUCCUACCCGUAGCCCUCGUGCUCCACAGGGCGCCCCCCUCGACCACCCCCUUUUAGAUCUUUUUUUUUUGUGUGCGUUGUCUUUAGACUAUCUCUCAUACUCGUUUGUUGUUUUUCUAUUUCGCCCCGGAUCCUACAUUUGGACAGUCUGUGAGGAAACAGUAACUUCUAGUUGUUUCGUUUAUUAAAUUCAAAUUUGACUUUCACGUCGGAGGCUUACUUUUAUAUACAGUCAUAUAUAUAGGAGAUAGGAUUCAUUGAGAACGCAAGUACAGGUCUCAAUUACCGCCCUUAGUUUACAGGUGUGAAAGAGUUAUCCCCCCCCCACACACACACACACAAUUGCUCUGCAUUCUAAAAAAAAGAAAGUGUCAUAUCAGAAUGCUAAUUAUUCAUUCGCAUAUCUAGGAGAUCGCAGUGAACUAAAAAAAUUGUGACAUGCGCUUUAAAUGUUCAGAUUGAUUUCUUAAACUGAUUAGUCCUCGUUUGGACAAAGUUAUAGAUCUGUAAAUGUAGUCUGAAGUAUUUGUUUUAACUAGGAAGGAUACACAUGUCAAACUGUUAUUGGCUCUCAUUUCAACUAUUACAUGAAUGUUGGCGGUUAAAAUGAACCGGACUCACCUUAACACUUUACCAGAUGAUUCAUUGGAUUGGAGAAAUGGAUGAUAACGCUAUCUUCUUAUAUGUGAAAGAUUGUCUUAUGAUGCUUGAUUGAGAAUCCAUAAAGUUGAUCGCAUACACAUUUCAAACAUAGUGCUUGUUGGCUGACGUCAUUGAGUAUGUCCAGGACCAGAAUUAGGUCACGUCAUGACGUACACUGCGUCACGAGAACGACAUGAGGUGCCGGAGUACGAGCUUAGUUCUACAACUUAGUACGCUGUUUCUACUAGUUGGCCUGACCCGGGCUUUUUACGGACUAACUGCACGUGAGACGUACCUGACCUUGAACCCAAACUACCAAGAGAGGAUGAGCGACAUUAAGAAGAUCACCCACGAGGACUACUGCAACAGUCUUGGGCUGCACCGGAAGCAGAAGCGAGUUUGUCGAAAGGGAAAAGGAGUGGCGGAGAUGCUGGUGAGGGCGACACGGCUGGCUGCUCUGGAGUGCCAGCAUCAGUUCCAGCAGGAGAGGUGGAAUUGCUCUUUGGGAAGCUACAGGAAAAAUUUACUAGAAAAAGGCUUUAAAGAAACAGCCUUCUUGUUCGCUAUCUCUUCGGCGGGGCUGGUCCACGAGGUGUCAAGGUCGUGCGCCCAGGGGAUCUUGGACCGGUGCACGUGCGACGAGACGGAGCACCUGGAGAACAGGGAGACGUGGCUGUGGGGCGGCUGCGGGGACAACAUCAAGUUUGGGUUAAAGUUCACCCGCAAGUUCCUUCGGAGGUUCAGCAACAACGACAAGGACAUCCGCGCCAAAGUGGACGAUCAUAACACAGAGGCGGGCAUAAAGACUGUCAAAGAUCUGGUCAACACAACAUGCAAGUGUCACGGGGUCUCUGGAUCUUGCACAGUCAAGACUUGUUGGCUGAGACUGUCUCCAUUCAAGACAGUUGGCAAUGUCCUAAAAGCCAAAUACGAGAGGUCAGCUAAGGUUAUUCACGUGACCAACCAAGCCACCGGAGUGGCCUUGUUAAAGAAACAGCUACAGAGCUUUCCUGAAGAAGCAGCCGUUCUGCCUGUUCCGUCCAAGCAGUCUCACCUAGGAGAUAACAUCGCCAACGACACUGCGCCGCUCAGGAAGUCCGACUUGACCUACAUCGAAGACUCCCCCAGCUUCUGCAGGGAGACCCGAUACUCCCCGGGGACUGUCGGGCGAUCCUGCAUCAAGGGGGAGAACUGUGAUAGCAUUUGCUGCGGGCGAGGUCACAACGUCCAGAAGAAGAAGUUCAAACGUGCUUGCAGAUGCGAGGUCAUCUGGUGCUGCGUGGUCAAGUGCAAAGAAUGUCCAGACGAACAAGAGCUGUACCUUUGUAAAUAACUCCUGAUUCUAAGCAAUAUCCUCGUCCAACUUAAACUCAUAACCUCGUCUUAAAACAUCGAAACAUGAUUUCAGUUCUCAAGUGCAACACUGGAUGUAAAGAAUGGUGAUCAAAAAAUUCUAAACGCAAUAGAAAAAUUAUCUCAAAAUGUUUCAAAUCUUUAAAAUAAUGAUCAUUGCUUGAAGUUUGAAUCUACAAAAGGCUAAAGUCUUGUCAGAACAAGUCAUAACAGGAUAAUUGUUUAACAAUUCUAUUCGAUUUCCAUAACGCAAAUUAUGUUCAUUUUUUUGUGGCCUGGUAAUUGAGAUUUUUCAAGUCAUUGCAUUAGAACUGUCAGAAAAAAAAUAUGUGGCAACACUUAUAGCAGGAACAAAAUGACAAGAUAUUAUUCUACCGCGACGUUGGAUGUCUGCAUGAGAAAAUAACAUUGUCCUGCAAGAAUAUUAAGAUUAUAAACGCUUUGUACAAAUACUCCUUCUUCCCUAGUGCUAUUAGAGCAUGUAAUGUGCUGCCUGAGUCAGCCAGGAAAACCAAUAACUUGGCAGACUUUAAGUGAUUAACAUUCAUGAUUAGAUUGAACUAGGGAUACGCAUAGGACGUAAUCAUCACGAUUCUUUAUGAAGUAACGUCUGUAUCUUUUAUGGAGGCACUGUGGCUGAGCGGUAAAGUGCUUGGCUUCCAAAAAGGGAUCCUGGGUUCGAAUCCUGGAGAAUAACGUUAUUUUUAACUUCGGAAUCUUUGGGCGCCUCUGAGUCCAGCCAGCUCCAAUGGGAACCUGACAUUAAUAAGGGCGUAAAGUUAACCAUAGGCCAGCCACAAAAACAGACUAGCUUUACAUAAUCUGCCCCAUAGAUCACAAGGUGAAAGGGGAACUUUACUUUAACGUCUGUAUUUUAUAAGAUAAGAUAAGAUUCAGAGAUACAAGACAAUGUAAUUGUUGUCGAAUUCAAUACAGCGGAAUUUGUAUGGGGUGUGUGGCUGAGAGGCUGAAACGGCUGGCUUAGAUAUUUAACAAGGUGGCUUGAGUUCAAAUCCCGACUCGAGCAGAGUAGUGUUUGCUGAUCGACUUAAGGGAGCACGGAAACCUUCUCCCAGAUACACCUGCCCCCAACUUGUCUACAAAGUGGGAUACGCCUAUGAUAAUCAUUGUGUAUGGGGGUAAAAUACUGGUGCUCUUUUUUUUUUCAUCUGUAAAUAGACAAUUAAAAAAAAAUGGAUGCAGUAAUUAUUUAAAGCUUCAAGCAUGGUACAAAAUAUCUUUUAGUGAUAUAAAUGGUCAUAGUUCGCUGUCGUUGAAUUCUGUCAGAGUGACAAUAGAUGCGCUUCACAUGAGUUGAGCAGAAACAUUCGUUGUUUUAUUACAUUGAAGUUUUUUUCUCCUCCAGUGUAUGUACACCUUUUCUAGACAGUACCUCAGACCAGAGGCGUAGUGUGUAAAAUGUGCACCAGUGGCGAGGUAAUUUAUUGGAGCUUUCCUCCUCCAUUUACCAUGAACAUAUAUAGGCGCCUCUAUGAGGGUAGCACAGGGGGGCAUCGUGCCCCCUUGCCCCCCCCCCUUCACUACGCCUCUGCCUCAGAACUUCAUUUAAAUUUCAACGUUCAGCUGAUGGCUUCCUAGCUGUUUGUUACCAGCUUCGCAAUGCCGUUUUGAUAGUUCCAAUUUCUACCCCAAUAUCUCGACUUUUCAUUCAUUUCCUAGUAAAAAAAUUAAUUAAUUAAAAAACUUUUGGAUAUUUCAAAUCCUUUAUUCUGCAGUAACUCUACCAAUUAUAAAACUAUUAAAUAACUGGUGUGCUUGAAAGCACGAGAAUAAGUUCGAAUGGUAUACAGGAGAUGGCUAAAAAUUCGAAUUAUAGUCGGAGAUUGUAUGUAGGACUAUUUUCUAAGGCGUAGGCUGGUAGGAAAAUAAGUGAUACUGGUAAUUGAAUUCACGAGCAAAAAGUAUGUGUUUCGGAAGGGUAGCGUUAUUAACUCUUUCUCUCCUAAUUAACGAUACCAUCGUUGAUUUGACCCAAUUUAAUUAAAUUAAUUUGUGGUGUUAGGAAGUAGAACUUGUCUUAUAUAAAAAGAGCAUGCAUUCUCUUAAAAUUCUAUACCAAAAGUAACGUUUUCUGAUUACAAACAAAAAUGUUAUUGAAGUUUAAUCAUAACAGGGUAGAAUGUUCAAAGGUGAAAAAUGAACAACUCUGUCAGAAAGUCAAAAAAUAAUUACGCAGAUAAAAAGUUAAGCAGACCUUGGCAAUUUGAUGUAACAAAUAAAAAAAUUCAAUUUUUUAAUAGGCGGUGGGGUGGGGGCAUGGAGAAAAAAAGGGGGGGGGGAGAGAAACGUGUUAUAGGAGUUCACAGAACAGAAGUGAGUGUGUCUGGGAGGGCGUUUUAACUCGGGCCGUUCUAAUUAAACGUAACAUAUACUAGAAUACCUUGUCCGAAAUUGAGGUUGUUUGAAAUGCUGGAAGUUUUUCUAUUUAAAUGUACACAAAAAUAAGGUUGGGGUACGGCCGAAAUACUAUGUGAGUAUAACGAUUUGCUGGAUGUACUAAUAAGAAAAGGGCCAAGGCGAAAUAAGAUCCCAUAGCGUCUUUCAAAUACUUCGAAUAAGAACUGAAAUUUCCGAAGAGUAGUCAAACAAGAUUUAGUGCUAAGGCUGAGAGUUGGAGGAGGGAGGGGGUAGGAAAGAAGUCGCUCUCCAAAUUAUUGGGUUGGUCCAAUUCAACGUUAUAGAUACUAAAAUGCACUGGUCAAAGGGAUGUAUGUGGCAGCGUUGACCUUAAUAUCAUUACUAGCCUGACAUUUUCCGCGGCCUGCGGGCCUUAGUUUGUGUUUACUAAUCUAGUGGAUUGGAUUUAGAUGUAUGUUAAACUUAGCUAAUGAUCCUUUCAAGUUUUUCUCUUUCGCUACGAAAAUAAAAUUAGUUUUGCGAAAAUGGGUUUACUCGAAGCCGAUACAUUCAUCUCUAUUAAAAACGAAAGGAGCGAUAGAUGAAUAGGAUAUAAAGUACAAUUAAAACGGGAUUAACCCGAAUGAAAGGGAUUAUAAAUUAAGUCAGGACGUCUGAAUUCGCAGAUAUAAGGAACGAAUUUAUGUAAAAAUGCUUUUGAAACACAAACUUGAAGGCUAAUUUUAUGACGUAAUGAAAUCAAUAGACUAUCUUUUGUUUUUUCAUGUGUCAAAGUCAAAAACUAUCUGCGCAAAGUGUAGUUCUUAAAAUUAGAUCUAGACCCUUUCGAUCUUUUCUCAUGUAAAUAUGGUCUAGAUCGAUGAAGUUAUGAAUGCUUUCAUAGAGAUGGUCAACUUUUUUUUUGUUUGAGGGUCUUAAGUUUGUUUUAGGGCUACAAUACAUACACUACGGUCUAAGUUAGCACCCAAGGAACAUUUCUGCCAAGUUUUAUCAAGAUUGGUCAAACGGUUUUGAUUUCUAUUCGUAACAUACAUACAUACAUAGGCCUUACUUAAACGGGUGUGGUCAAUUGCGAAAUAAGCAAUAUAUUGCGUGGGAACCAAUCAAUCGGUGUAGCCGGUUGGCAAUGCUAGUAUAUAUAAUAUGUUCCUAUGUCUGGUCCUUUAAAGAAGUGCACUAAAUAACUAUUGUUUAAUAUUUAUUUUAAUGUAUGAAUAUAUGACAAAUUUAGAUGCAAGCUUAAGUGCCUUAUCUCAUGAUCUUCACACUGUAAUGUGUAAUUUAAUCAAAGUGUGACUGACCUCUUUUUAUGUAAGUAAAUUUUCUUGUUAUAGUAAAAAUGAAACAAGUUUUUUUAAGAUCUAAAUGAAAUAUUUUCGGCCUAAUUUUCGUGGUGCAACUGUUGUUACACCAGAACUAUCAAGUCACAUUUUUAAGCAUUUGUUUCACGUGAUAAUGUUUAUAAUAUCGACCCUGGGAUAUUUAGUGAGGAGUCCCUUAGAUUUGAGAUCUGUCCAUUAAAUUAUUUAUUGUAUGUAUAGUAAGUUGAUGCUAUACCUGUACAUACAAUGCAUUGACUGGCAUGGCGUUAUAUUAAAUUAAGAAUGUAAAUAAUAGAUAUGCUUGAUAUUAUCAUUUGUCUUGUAGUUUAUAAUGAAACUUAAAAAAAAAAAAGAUGUGUUAGGCUUCGUGCCAUGUUUUGAAUUUCUACUAGCUUUUGCAUUUUGACAUAUUUAGAAAAUAUAUACAAUGUCUCUAGUUAUAAUACUGAAGUAGCUCUUUUGUAUGUCAUGUUUUGUUUAUUUAUUAAACUCCUGUAAGCAUUUCUGUAACAUGUGACAAUAAAAGAUUACCUUCAUUUCUGACCAUAACAUUCGAACUUUACAAAUUACCAUAACAUGUGAUCCACAUUUACGACCGUCUCAUUUGAGCGUAAUUUCCAUUUCUCUUUCUGACAUCUGACAUUAGCAUCUUCACAACUGACCAUAUCAUCUUAUCCUCGCUUUGAAUGUAUCAUCUUAUCCUGACAUCUUAUGACACGUGUCAUAACAUCUGACUAUAUUGUCAUAUCCCUUAUUCUGACAAUAGCUUCUUAUCUUCAUGUAUGACCAUAUCACCCCAUCUCUAAGUAUGUCAAUAUCACACAACCUUGACGUAUCACCCCAUCUCUUAAGUAUCACAUAUCACCAAAUCUUCAAGACAUCUUAUCAUUUCACAUGGCAUAACAUCUGACUAUAUCAUCAUAUCCCCAAAUCUGACCAUAUCAUCUUAUUAUGACCAUAUCAUCCAAUCAUCAACAAUGACCAUAUCACUCUACUCUCAAAUCUGGCCAUAUGCCCUGUACAAAUCUGUACAUUUAUUUAUCAUAUAUUUUACUCUUUUUUUUUUCAAAAUUUCUUACUUAAUAAUAAUGUUACUUGAAAAGAAAAAAAAAAACAGAGUUCCCUCCGCAUUGCUGUCUGUUAGUCUACAUACAUUGUAUAUUGAUGACUGCUUACCUCAUUGCUAUACCCUAUAUUUAUGCAAAGUCUUUUUGUGUCUUAUUUAUUAUUUAUUUAUUUAUGUUUUUUUUUUUUCUUUUUUAGUAUAUAGCACGUUGAAACAGGAAGCCUUUGAUUUUACACAAUUAUAUUUCAUGUAUGUGCAGAUCUUUGAUAUAAUGUCAUAUAACUUAUAGAAUUUGCUUUUCUCUUUUACGUUUUGAUGACGGAGUAAUUUCCCCUGUAAGCAAUUUACAAUUCUGAAAGGAGGAGAUUUUUAUUCAUAAAUAUGUGACCUUUCUAAAUUAUGAUUUUAUCUGUUUAUAUACUUUCAGUUUUCAUACCCUCAUGUACUAAUAGCAGAUAGUAUAUAUCAUUUAAUACAUUUGAGAUUUAAAAAUGUCAAGGUACCUUUAUUAUCGUCUAAAAGUUGGCUGUAGAUGUACAUUAGAAUAAUGAUGACAUAUAUUUUAUAAUAAAAAUUAAAUGAAAUUUCCAAAAAUUUACAUCGUAAAUGAUUAAUAACCGUCAAAAAACAAAAUAAUGCAUUGAACAAGAAAGAGUUACUCAGAAUGUUGAUCGGUCUAUGUGUACACAUAAAAAUAGAAGAUUUCAUAACAAAAAAAAAUUCAAUUUCUAUAAUUUCUAUAUUGUAACAGUUUUCUGUAAUAGACAUUUUAAAUUCAGUUUUCGGAGGUGAUAGAAUUUACAAUAAGAUUUUUGCUCCGUAUUUUGUUUUCAAUUGGCCCUCGAUUCAUACAUGAUACAGCCCUUUGAUAAGUUAAAAAAAAAAGAAAAAAAAGUACGUUCUGGUAUUUAUACGUGGUAUGUAAAAUGUUUAUCAGUAAUGUUGUAAAACCAGACUUUCAAUUUUCGAUAUAUUUACUUAAGAAAGAAACAACACUUUAGGAUUACUCUUUAGACACAUACUCCUCUCUUCACAUUCUCUUCAUCAUCUAGCUUUAGUCUCCUUUAGGAUUACUCUUAAGACACAUACUCCUCUCUUCACAUUCUCUUCAUCAUCUAGCUCUAGUCUCCUUUAGGAUUACUCUUUAGACACAUGCCCCCAUAUUCACGAUCACGUCACGGCAUUAUAUUUGCACGUGAAGUUUUUGUUUUAUUUUGGCUAGUUAAAAUAUGUUUUUCAUUUUCAAAGUUCUACAACUUCUACAACGAAGUCAUGUCUAUUAGUCACUUUUCUUUUGUUAAGCCUUGUGUAGAAACUUUAGUUCUGUAUAUUUAUGUGUGUGUGCUUGCGUGUGUUGAGUACUUAGUGUAUCUAGAAAUCAUGUACAUAAAAAUAAAUUCUGAAAUACUA